AUAUUUUUGUUCACUAUAGGUUCAAGUUGAUGGUCCAUACGGGGGCGGUAAUCAGGAAUGGUACAAGUACGAGGUGGCCGUCAUGAUAGGAGGCGGGAUCGGUGUCACCCCGUACGCAUCUAUACUGUCGGAUCUUGUCUACGGAACAUCUACGAAUCGCUACAGGGGCGUCACAUGUAGAAAGGUGUACUUCCUCUGGAUAUGCCCCACCCAUCGCAGCUGGGAAUGGUUUGUGGACGUGUUGCGUAGCGUUGAGGAACGGGAUAUCAUGGACGUCAUAGACGUUCACAUCUUCAUCACGCAAUACUUCGACAACUUCGAUCUUAGAACCAUGCUGCUGUACAUAUGUGAAAAGCAUUUCCAAUCGUUCUUCAAGCGGAGUAUAUUCACCGGCUUGAAGGCUAAAAAUCACUUCGGUCGGCCACAGUUCGCCGAAAUCUUCAAGUUUGUGCGAGCCAAACAUCCACGUGUAAAUAGAGUGGGCGUUUUUAGCUGCGGACCACCUGCUCUCACAAACUCCAUCGGCAGCGCAUGCGCAGAAGUGAACACGACCCGCCAACUUCCGAACUUUAUGCACUUCUAUGAGAACUUUUAAAUAUGGCAGAUUCAGUCCACACUGUAUAUACAAUCUAACUCUGUGUUUAUUUAACGCUGUCGAGAAUUUAGUUUGCAGUUUUUAACAGCUACUACACUGCUGUAAACUUGGGAGAGUUUUGAGUCACAGUUCCACACGUCCGUCAAUAUCUAGCCCCUCAUGCCAAAGACACGAUCGGAUUAGAACGAUCACCAUUGCCAGUCGUCCGACUCAUGAAGGAAUAUUCCUAUUCUGACCGAAGGAGCGGUUUAGUAACAUUUGACCAGAAAUAAAUGAAUGAGAACAAAACGUAAUUAGGACUGUUAGUAGGAAACCUGCUGAAUAUUAAAUUAUUACUAAUGACCAAUGUUAAUUGAAAAAUUGUUUUUCGUUUAUAAAUUAAAAUGAAGAGGCAAAACUUGCAUAGAUAAUAUCAGGAGUGAAUAAUAGAGAAAUCUCUAUUAUUAACUCCUGAUUAUAUUAUAUAUAGUGUGUAUGUAUGUUCGCGCAUGUGUGCGUGCGUGCGUGUGUUCACGCGUACGAGUGCAUGCAUGCUUGUGUACGUGGUUGUGUAUAUGUGAUAUACAUGCAUGAACAAUGCAUAAAAUAUUUAACUUAAUAAACUAAUCCGAAACUUUCCAUAA